GGGCAGCCUCUCUCUCCCCCCGCUCUCCUUCCUGCGUGUUGAAACCAGACUUUGGGAGGCAGCAGGCUGCAGGCAGCAAGACGAAGAGCAGCAGCUUCAGGCUGGACGCUGAUGAAGCGCUGAAGCUAAACCACAGGACGAGGCGUUCAGGGACCCGUCAUGGCGUGGGUCAGACGCCUUCUGCUCCCGCUCCUCCUGGUGUCGUCGGUGCGCCCCCGCUCUCUGGUGCAGGUGAACUCAGGUGUGCAGGUCCUCCGAGGCGGCGUCGUCUCCGUCACCCGGUCACACCUGAAGAUCCAGGUGGAGCCGAGCUGCGACUGCAGGGUGGAGGUGGUGCAGAACGAGCCUGUGACCCAGCGGGUCGGCAAGCUGACUCCGCAGAUGUUUGACUGCAGUUUCCUGGAGGACGAGGUCCGCUACGUCCACAACGGGAGUCCUCUGCUGGACGACGACACGGUUCUGCUCCGAGUGUACAGGUUCACGUCCUCAGACCUGCAGCUGGAGACGGUGGUCCUCCGGGUCCGGGUGGUGGACGGCGGUUCUGGUGUGGCGGCGCUGGGCGGUUCUCCUCUGGUAGUGCCGGCUUUCUUGGGCCUGUCCAACGCCAUCAGCAGCUCGGUGCUGAGCAUCAGAACUCCGGAGAACCUGGUCUGCUCCGUGCGGCUGAUGAGCGCAGAGACCUCGGUACCGGCGGCGGGUCGGCUGGUCCGCCAGGACCUCUCCGGGCUCCGCAGAGGCCGUCAGGCGGAGGACUCGUGUCCUGGAAACAAAGCGUGUCUCCACCACGUCACGGAGGUCCGGGUCCUGAAGGCCAGCUGCCAGGACUUCCUGAGGUCCGGUCUGCGGUACCAGCACCUCAGACCUCCGUCCCCCCGGGUGGACUACGUCCCGCUGCGGGUGGAGCUGAGGGAGCAGGCCAGCAGGAGGCUGCUGGAGUCGCAGGCGCUGUGGUUGCCGGUUCUGAUCCGGGGCGCCGUGCAGAACCAGGCCCCCAAGGCCGGCUUCAUGGCGUCCUCCAUCCUGGAGGUGGACCAGUUCGUCCUCACGCCCCUCAGCACCGCCGCGCUGGACGCCACGGACGCCGAGACGCCGCAGGAGCAGCUGGUGUUCAACGUGACGGCGCCCCCUGCUGGCGGCUACAUCACACACCUGGAGGACCACACCAAGGAGGUGCGCUCCUUCACCUGGCUGGCGCUGCGCGACAUGAAGGUCGCCUACCAGCCCCCCAACAGCAGCCACACUCUCCGCCAGAACCUCCAGGUGGAGUUCCAGGCGAUAGACGGGUCCUUCGCCAGCAGCCCGCCCAUCCUGCUGCACCUGUCUAUCAGGGCGUCAGAAACAAACGCACCCAGAGUCUCCUGGAACAUGGGUCUGGACCUGCUGGAGGGUCAGUCCCGGCCAAUCACCUGGGAGGAGCUGCAGGUGGUGGACAGGGACAACAUGGACGCCGUCUACCUGGUGGCUGUGGACGGACCGGCGCACGGGCGGCUCAGCGUCAGAGGUGAGAAGGCCUUCAUGUUCCGCGUGCGGGACCUGAAGGAGGGCGUGGUCGUCUACCACCACUCUGACAGCGACUCCACCCGCGACCACAUCGUGUUCCGCAUCAGCGACGGGCGCCACAGCAUCAGACACAAGUUCCCCAUCAGCAUCCUGCCCAAGGACGACUCGCCGCCCUUCCUCAUCAACAACGUGGCGGUGGAGGUGCAGGAAGGCGGCCAGGUGCGGCUCCAGGACUUCAUGCUGCUGGCCUCUGACCUGGACUCCAGCGACGACUUCAUCGUCUACCGCAGCGUCUCCGCCCCGCGGGCCGGCCGGCUGCUCAGGAGCAGCUCCAGCCAGCAGGCCGCGGUUCCUGUGGACAGCUUCCUGCAGAGAGACCUGAUCCAGGGUCAGAUCUAUUACCAACACUCAGGAGACGAGAUCUUUGAGGAUUCCUUCGACGUUGUGCUCUCUGACAGCCACCAGCCUCCCAACCUGUCACAGACAUACACGGUGGUCGUCCAGGUGUUCCCGGUGAAGGACCAGCUGCCGGCGGAGGUUGCCGGCGCCGUGCGCUCGCUGAGCGUCAGGGAGACGGACGUGGUUUACAUCUCGCCGGCUCAGCUGCACUUCACAGACAGAGAAGAUCCACAGGCCGACCUCACCUACACCGUCACACAGCCCUGCUUCAGCCCGCUGCAGCCUGGACUGAUGGAUGCAGGACGGCUGUUCUACCCCGACGGCACCAACUCCAUGAAGAAGGACCACAUGGCGCCGGUGCUGAAGUCCUUCACUCAGCACGCUGUGAACCACAGGAAGGUGGCCUUCAUGCCUCCUGUGGAGGACAUCGGUCCUGAGCCGCUCUUCGUUCAGUUUGUGUUGUCGGUCAGCGACCAACAUGGCGGCACCAUCUCUGGUCUGGUCUUCAACGUCACAGUCACCCCCGUGGACAACCUUUCUCCUGAGGCCUUCACCAACCUGCUGCGGGUGGAGGAGGGCGGGGGGGCCUUUGUGACGGAGGAGCAUCUCCUGAUCCAGGACCACGACAGUCCUGAGGAGACGCUGAGGGUGAAGGUCCAGAGGACGCCGCGUCACGGCCGGUUGGAGCUGCAGGGUGGAGUUCUGCUGCAGGGAGGCACCUUCAGGCUUCCUGACCUGAGAGGUCUGCGGCUCAGGUAUCUCCAUGACGACUCUGAGACCAGCCAGGAUGAAGUGGCUCUGAAGGUGACCGAUGGGCUGAACUCUGUAAACGUCCUACUGCAGAUCCAGGUCCAGCCCGUGAACGAUGAGCCCCCCCAGCUGGGCGGGGGUCUGCGGGCCGAGCUGAGCUGUCAGGAAGGCGGGCGGGUCCAGGUGACGGUGGACUACCUGUCGGCCACGGACCGGGACAGCGAGGACUCCAGGCUGACCUACAUGUUGGCCCGCCGUCCCGGCAGAGGAGAGCUGCAGAGCGCCGGGCUGGUGACGGACAAGUUCUCCCAGCAGGAGCUGCUGCAGGGACACGUCCACUAUGUCCACUCAGGUGAGGAGAUCGGACCUGAGCCGGUGUUUGACACCAUCACCCUGAUCGUCUCUGACGGAGAGGCUGGAGGGACGGAGCGCUGUUGCCACGGAGACGCCCGUCCUCCACCCGUCCCUCUGCACCGCUCACUUCCUGUUUACCACCUCAACGUCACCGUACUUCCUGUCAACAACAAAGUCCCUGAAGUCACCCGGGGGGACUCGGUGCUGCAGGUGGAGGAGGGCUCCAGGGCCUGCCUGUGUGGGGGGGUUCUCGGGGCCUCGGACCCAGACAGCCCCCCCCAGGAGCUGACGUUCCACCUGGAGACGCUGCCUCUUCACGGCUUCCUGGAGAACGUGCUGCCGACGGCGGGCUCCGAGAAGAGCAACGCGGGAACGCCCAUAGAAUCCUUCAGCCUCGCCCACCUGAGCUCAGGUCUCAUAAACUACGUCCAAUCAGAGCACAGAGGGGCGGAGCCUACGGUGGACCAGCUGUCCCUCAGAGUGAGCGACGGGCUGCAUAGCUCCGCCCCCUUCCCCCUCUACAUCAUCAUCAGCCCCACCAAUGACGAGCCUCCCUGGCUGCGGCUGGCUAACUUCAGCGUGAGCGAGGGCGGAGUCACGGAGCUGACGCCCUCCAUCCUGGACGCCUCCGACCUGGACGCCCCCCCCGACCUCCUGACCUUCAGGGUGGAGCGGCCGCCGGCUCACGGCAGCUUGGUCCGCGCGGCGUCUGGGGAGCAGAGGAGCCUCCCGGUGUCCUCCUUCACGCUGCAGGAGCUGCGACAGGGUGUGAAGAUCCUCUACCUGCACGACGACACGGAGACGCUGCAGGACGCCGUUCUGCUGCAGCUCACCGACGGCGUCCACACGGUGGAGGCCACCGCCCGGGUCACCGUGCUGCCGGUCAACGACAACCAGCCACACCUGCUCAGGAAUGCUGGGCUGGACCUGGACCCUGGGGAGCGCAGAGUGAUCUCCAGCGUGGUUCUGGAAGCUGCAGAUCUGGACACACCUGCAGAUCAGGUGUUCUACUUCAUCAGCGCUGCACCAAGAUUUGGAGAACUCCUGCUGAAGACAGAGUCCAGCUGGGCCGAGCUUUGGGCCGGUCAGAACUUCACUCAGGAGCAGCUGGAGAUGAACCGGGUCUGGUACCGUCACAGAACCAGCGCCGCCGGAUCCACAGAUCACGACAGCUUCCGCUUCAUCCUGAGCGAUCUGGACAACGAGUCUCCAGCCCAGAACUUCCUGAUCUCCAUCCGCACCGCGCACAGAGGUGAGAUCGUCCUGCAGACCGAGGCCGUCCACCUGAGGGCGGGGCAGCGGCUGGUGCUGAACACCGACAUCCUGCUGGCGCUGGACUCCGCGGGCCGACCCGAUCAGCUGGUCUUCACCGUGUCCGGCCCGGCCCGCCACGGCCUGGUCCACUCCGCGCGCCGACCCGGCGUUCCUCUGCUCAGCUUCACGCAGCUGGACGUGGCGGCGCAGCGAGUCUGCUACACUCACAGCAACGACCGCCACCAGAGCGACGCGUUCAGCUUUGUCGUUACAAACGGCGCCUCGUCCCGCAGCGGAACCCUCCUCUUCACGAUCGAGCACGGCGACCGCGUCCCGCCGACCCUGAGCAUCAACGCCGGCCUCCGCCUGCAGGACGGCUCCACCGCCGCCAUCGGCCCUGACGUCCUGCAGGUGAGCGACCCGGACACCGCCGCCUCCAACCUGACCUACCUGGUCACGCUGCCGCCCAGGACCGGCACGCUGCUGCUGAGGGGGGCCCCGCUGCCUUCACCCCCCAGGUUCCUCCAGACUGACGUCGACCACCUGGACCUGGCCUACCGCCACAAUCCAGGCGGCCCGGCAGAACCGGACCGGUUCUACUUCCUGCCCACCGAUGGCACCAAUAAAGGUUACCUGGAGUUUGGCCAGUUAAGGGAGGAGCCUGCAGUGUUUAACAUCCAGGUGGAGCAGGUGGACCGGAUCGCUCCCAGCCUGACCCGCAUGGAGAGUCCCAGUACCGUGGUGGACCUCGGCGCCGGCCGGUCCGGUAUCGUCAUCUCCAGCAGACACCUGCAGGCUUCGGACCCGGACAGCCCAGCAGAACUUCUGGAGUUCUCCAUCAUCACGCCGCCUCAGUUUGGAUCCCUGGAGAACGCAGCCACAGGGGCCUCCAUCAGGGGCCGGUUCUCCCAGCAGGAUCUGGAGCGGCGUUCCGUGCUCUACGUUCUCCCGGCUGACCUGGACGUGACGGCUGACAGCUUCCGGUUCCGUCUGGUGGACCCGGCAGGAAACGGGGCCCCGGCCCAGGUGCUGGAGCUGUUCUGGUCCCGGGUCCAGUUGUCAGCGAGCUGCUACAGAACCUGCGAGACUUCAGGAACCCUGCAGGUCCAGAUCCAGCGCAGCGGGAGGAGCGCCGACCCGGCUUACGUCUCCAUCCAGGUGGAGGAAGGAUCAGCUAAAGUCGGCAGGGAUUUCACCCACAGCUCAGCGGCUCUGAUCCAGUUUGACACAGGUGUGAACGUGAAGACCUGGAACGUUUUCCUGGUGGACGAUGGUCUGGAGGAGAACCACGAGACCUUCAGCAUCUCCCUGGAAAAGCCUCAGAACGCCGUCAUGGGCCACAGAACCUCAGCCAGCGUGGAGAUCAUCGAUCCCCAGCGAGGACGCUGUGAUCCUGACCACCUAAAGAUGGCGCCACCUCCUCCUCCUCCUCCUCCUCCUCCUCCUCCUCCUCCUCCUCCUCCUCAGCUCCCUGAUCCUCCUCCUGAGGGAGACGUGGAGGGAGACCUGGUCACGGACAUUGAGGCGGAGCUUCUGUGGGAGAACCAGCCACACCCUCCCAGGGGUGACGUCCCGGACCGCCAGGCUUACCUGAACUACGGAGAGGUGGAACCACAGGACCAGGCGGCCCGCACCGCCGGGGGUCACCUCCAGGGGGCGCACAGUGGGAGCAGAGACGCACAGGUGGUGAGCUCCCUGGGUACCGUGUGUCCUGAAGGUUGGACCUUCUACAGGAGACGCUGUCACAUGGUCAGCUCGUCCCUGGCCAGCUGGGCCAGCGCCGACAGAACCUGCUCGGUCCUCUUUAACGGCAGCCUGAGCGGCGUGCGCUCCAGGAAGGACGUCGGCUGGAUGUGGAGGUUUGCAGGGAAGAAGUCCUUCUGGAUCGGUGGCUCUGGAGACCCGGACCACUGGAUGUGGGCCCACAGUCCUUCAGGCGGAGUCGGGGGGGUGCCGUUGGGACCUGAUGAUGCUGACCUCAGCUCUGACUGUGUGCUGGUUGAAAACCCCAGAAGAUGGACUCGUACCAACUGCUCAGCAGAAGCUCAGCACUUGUUUAUCUGUUCUGCAGAGGCGGUUCCUCCCUGAGAACCUGGGAUUCUGAACCACGGUGAUGGGAGACACGGUUCCCCUGAAAGAAAUGUUCAAAUGGUCCAUUUUAUUUACCAGAACUAACCAUUUCAUCACUAAUGUAGUUAAAUAUAUGGAUUGUGGGAAACGUGGCAUGUGUGGUUGAAAUUAACUAAAAAGUAGCAUCAUCUAUAUUAAGGUUUUUUUAUUUAAAAGGUGCAAAAUAAAACUAUAACUGUGAACAUGAACCAAAUAAACUGUGGAGGAAACAAAA